GAAGGAGGGAGGGCGAGAGAGCGAGGCAGGCAGAAAGACACGGGCGCACACACACAGGGAGAGCGGGCUUAUGUUACGGGAGCGCUGCGGACUAGUAGCACAAGAGCAGAGCAGGUCCAUUUUUACACGGCCACUCCCCCCACCCCCCCGAGCUCUCCCUGCUCAGGCCGGGGACGAGGGGCCUGCGGGACGGGUGGUGUAGCAUGGGACAGGGUGUCAGCACAGAGCCCCCUGCCAAGGAGCUAGCCCCGCACUCCGCCCCAGAGGAUGAAGUGGACCGCCCACACAGUAGGAGGGGGAGUGAUGGGGGGAGUUCUGAGCACAGCACCCCCCCUGCCAAGCGCAAGGGCAAGCUCUUCGGCAAGCUCUUCCGACCCUGGAAGUGGAAGAAGAAGAAGACCAGCGAGAAGUUUCAGGAGACCUCAGAAGCUCUGGAAAGAAAGAUGUCGGUCAGGAAGCCCAGGCAGGAGCUGAUUGAGAAGGGCCUGCUCAAGGAGGUCCCAGAAAACGAGGGUGACCAUGUGAACAGCUCCAAGACGCCCCACAUGAAGAAUGGACACAUGGGCGGGGGUGGAGGCGGGGCGCGGAGCUCGGAUCAGGGCCGGGUGCGGACGGACUCGGAGAUCAGGGUGAACCCCACGUGGCUGCCCCACAUCGAGGACCGCAGGAGCCGCAUCCCGUCAGACACGGAGCGGAGGGAGGGGGCGGGGCCCCGGGGGUCCGUCUCAGAGGAGGGGAGAGAGAGGGACAGAGAUAGGGACAGAGAUAGGGACAGAGAUAGGGAUAGAGAUAGGGAUAGAGAGAGGGAGAGGGAGAGAGAGAGGGACAGGGAGAGAGACAGAGAGAACAGAGAACCUAGAGAGAGGGAAAGAGACAGGGAGAGGGAGAGGGACAGCAGGGAGAUAAGAGACCGAGAAAGAGAGAGGGACAGGGAGAGGGAGAACAGAGAGGGGAGAGAGAGGGAGAAGGACAGAGAGAAGGAUAGGGACAGGGAAAAGGAGAACAGAGAGUGGAGGGAGAGGGACAGGGAGAGGGAUAGGGAGAGAGACAGGGAGAACAGAGAGCCUAGAGAGAGGGAGAGAGACAGAGAAAGAGAGAGGGACAGCAGGGAGGUGAGAGACAGGGAGAGGGAGAGGGAGAGAGACAGCAGGGAGGUGAGAGACAGGGAGAGGGAGAGAGAGAGCAGGGAGGUGAGAGACAGGGAGAGAGACAGGGAGAGGGACAGCAGGGAGGUGAGAGACAGAGACAGGGAGAGGGACAGUAGGGAGGUGAGAGACAGGGAGAGGGAGAGGGAGAGGGAGAGGGACAGUAGGGAGGUGAGAGACAGGGAGAGGGAGAGGGAUAGGGACAGGGACAGGGAGAGGGAGAGGGAUAGGGACAGUAGAGAGAUGAGAGAUAGAGACAGAGACAGGGACAGAGAGAAAGACAUGGAGGAUGGGCGUCGUGGGUGGAGACCCUACUCUGAAAUGGACUUGAGGCAGAAGGUUUCUUCAGAGGAUGACUGGAGAACACGCCCCGUUUCAGAGGUUGAGCAGAGGACUACCCUCCCACGGCGUACACCCUCGGACGAGGGGCGAGGACGCACAGGCUCCACCGGUAGCCACUUCCCUCCCCAGUCAGGGAAGCCCUUGGACACGCUGAGGGAUUUGCUGCCACCCAAACAGGCCCUUCUUCCCCCUAUAAGGCAGGGUGGACCCACCCCUGAGCCUCCCAAGAUCCCUGCCAGCAGCACCAGCUCAGCCUCCUCCUCUGUGUCCACCUCGUCCUCCUCCAUUUCUUCGUCCGCCAGCGCCAACCCUGCACCCCCGGACAGCGUACCUGCUGCUCCCCCCUCCACUGACAACUCUGCCACUGCUAGCUCAUCAACAGCCGGCCCCGCCCCCUCAUCAGCAACUGGCCCAGCCCUCUCAUCAACAGCCGACCCCGCCCCCUCAUCAACAGCCAACUCCGUCCCCUCAUCAGCUGGCAGCAACGCCCCCUCAGGUGGAAGCUCCGCCCCAACCUCCACCAUUGGUCCUGCCCCUCAACCUGCAAAGCAGCCUCCUGUCCCUCCUCCCAAGCCUACCAAUCGCAUGAGUAACCCCGCUCUGCUGGCCUCCACCUUACACAGGUGUGGAAAACCCCACCUCCCCCAUUCCUGGUCCCGCUGGCAGCGUGAGGGCAAGUAUGGCGUCUACCUAUCCCUGCCCACCUACCUGCGCCGAAGGUCCGCAGCCUCCCGCUCAGGUGCAGCUGAGCUCUCACAGGCCGUUGGGGGGGUGAACCCAGUGCCAGUAAAGCCCACCCCACCACCGCCCCCCAAAAGGACCACCCCCGUCACGAAGCGUGACUCCCAGGAGAUUCAGAUCAACCCGGCUGCCCCGCCCACCCCAGACCCCGCCCCUGCUCCUGACCCCACCCCCGCCCCUGCUGCACAGGCAGAGGAGAGCACUGACCCACCCGUCCCGCAGUCCCUACCUACCCCCGUUCCCCCACCGCCCUCCCACAUCCCGCCCUCCCCGCCCCGCUCCCACGCCCCCGUCCCCCUCCCAGUGCCCCAGCCCGCCCCUGUACCCGUGCCCAUCCCCGCCGUCCCCUCUGUGGACCCGCCCAGCCCCACCACCGAGCCCCCGUCAGAGCCGCCCGUCCCACUGCAUAUCCUGAUCCAGCGGGCGCUGGCCACGCCGGGGCAGGCCAUGCCCAAACCGGAACGGUCCAACCGCGCCUUCUCCCUGCUCUUCGAGACACCGCCCCCGCCCACCUACCUGACCGAGCCAGGCGGCAGACACUCCCUGCCCGUCACCAUCGAGCGCAUCAAACUGCCUGAAGAUGACGACUUCGAUGAGGAGGAGGAGCUGCGUUUGAGGCGCCCCCAGCCCCCCCCGCAGCCGCAGCUGGAGCCGCGGAGCCGCCGGGGCCUGGUGGGCGACGUCCACGUCACCAUCAUCCCCGACACGGGGACCAUCAGCGAGGAGGAGGAGGCGGAGGAGGCGCAGGAAGAGGGGAGCGAUUCGGAUGGACCCAUCCUCUACAGAGAGGAUGAAGAUGAAGAGGAAGAUGAGGACUACCCCACUGGUGGACUGGCCAGUAAGGUGAAGAGGAAGGACACUCUGGCCCUGAAGCUGGGUGGUCGGGCGUCGGCCUCUGAGGGCCAGGCGGGGGAGGGGCCGGUGAGGCAGGAGGACCGUACGGAGCAGGAGCAGCCAUCCUGGCAAAGCAGGGAGCAGUGGGAGGCCGUCCGCACACAGAUCGGCACUGCCCUAACACGGAGGCUGAGCCAGAGACCCACUGCGAUGGAGCUGGAGCAGAGGAACAUUCUGCAGCCCAAAAAUGAGGCAGACAGGAGGGCGGAGAGGAGUGAGAUCAAACGGAGACUCACCAGGAAGCUCAGUCAGAGACCCACUGUAGCAGAGCUGCAGGCUCGCAAGAUCUUGCGAUUCCACGAGUACGUGGAGUGCACCGACGCCCAGGACUACGAUCGCCGCGGCGACAAGCCCUGGACCAGGCUCACACCUGCCGACAAGGCUGCGAUCCGGAAAGAACUGAAUGAGUUUAAGAGCUCUGAGAUGGAGGUGCAUGAGGACAGCCGAAUAUACACCAGAUUUCAUCGGCCUUAACAAACCAGAAAACUACUGAGGGAAAAACAUGGAGAAGCAUGUGACACCAGCAAUGCGGUUACAUGGUCUUGGUGCUCCCUGAACACAUAACAUCAUCAGGAAUGCUGGGCACAAAAGGAAAUGCCACGCCUCCUCCUGGUGAUGUCACAGAGGAGGUCCGGGCCGGUGAUGUUAGACGUUUCUUUUCAGGGACUCUGGGGAUACAGAGUGCCAACACAGUGAAGAGCAAAGAGUCAGCUCCGAGAAUGCACUGUGCUGGAGAACCAGCAGGGGGUGCUAUCACUUCUCUCCCACAGUAUGGAAAGUCCAAGCAGUUUUUACCCACUUUUAAGUUAUUAUAAUUCUCUUUCUCAAUCAGGCAACGUAAUGAUAACAGUAAUAUGUGAUACUGAAUGUGACAAAAUAAAUUCACACUUCACAGAUGUGGGGGAAUGGCAUGUCUGUGUGAGUGUCCGUAUUUGCCUGUCUGUCUGCCUGUAUUUGGGCACACACAUACACGCGCAUGCAAGUGUGUGGAUGUUAACACAUGCGUAUGUGCGUAUUUGCAUAUGUGACAGUGCGUGCAGAUUACUGGAAGUCAUAUUUCUCAGCCCAUCCUGAGAAUUCUUAAAGAAAGGUCUUUGUAGCGCACUUAUUAAUUGUGAAAUAAGUACACUGAUUCAGGUUGAGCUUGGUUGGCCCUUCCAGGGUACUACAGCUUCCCUGGGGAGGAAAUGGGGGAGGAAAUUGGGGGGGGGGGGUCUUUUUUUCGCCUGCAUAACACCCGUCCAGACCUGGCGUGGUCCUGUACGCAGGCUGGUAACGGAACCUAAGUGCUUUUCACUGUACUUUUCACUGCUGCUGUAGUAUUUUAAUGAUUUUUUUCCUGAAACCCUUUCAAGUUAAUUGUAUGUGCAGACUGACAAAACUUAUUUUAUUGGUGAAAAAGAAUGUGAUCUUACUUUGUUAUAAAUGGCAAUAUACAGACCUUAAUACAAUACAAUAUUUGAGUGCAAUUGAUUGACAGGGAAAACUGUUCGGUAGGAACGUGUGUUUCUACUGUAGAGAAUGUUUUUAUACAAUGAUGUGGGGCUCCAGCCUUCUCUGCUGUAUUGAUUUACUGAGAUUACACUGAUCCUUCUGUAUAGCUUGCCUUCUCAAUGUAAAAAUGAUUUUAAACAUAAAAGUAUUAUAGAAUUUUUUGUAAGAAAAGAAUUUGUGUAUGAUUCAAUGACACUUUGAGAACAGGACUAUAUAAAUAAGCCCAUUUUGUUUUACUGUUGUAUAUUUUAUUUUUAUAACAGAAAGUUUAUGGAAC